GCCUUUUCCUCAAAUGGCAAAAUUGAAUUGUUUCUCUUUAUUAAUCUGGAACAAAAAGAAAGAUAAGGAUGGAUCUUCAAAUGCUGGUAAACAUAAGGAAGGGAUUAGGACUCUCCAAAUCAAGCUCGAACAACUGUUGCGGCCUUUCGACAGCGAUGAUUCGAAAUUGACAACUUUUGCCGUCCCUAUACCGGUUGGUUUACGGGAGGAUUCUGUUUGGAAUGUCAAGUUAGUCCCCCAGGGGAGCCCUAUUAGAACUGAAGUGGCAGAGGUAACUUACGAAGCUGAAGAUGAACAUGAAGAACAUGCAUCAAUCAAGAGAGAAUUCUCGGCGAUUGAUCCACAAUACGAAGAAUUCGAUUUCAAAACCAAAAUAUUGGCUUCUCCUGAUUCACUUCAAGCUGAAAAAGAUGUUGAAAAAGCUGUUGAAAUGAUAGAGAGUGGACAUAUCAGUGAUCCAGGGAUCAGCAGGGCUGAGUUCCGGGCUCCUCCGAAGCUUAAACGAUCAUGCUCAAAUUUAGAGGCUCGGUAUAUUCAAAGAAAGGUGGAUAAAUCCAUCGAAGAAUCGCAAGGGUUGCCUUCGAGUCCGGCUUCUGCAAUGACUCAUUGCAGUGCUGAUAGAGUAAUGUUGAAAAAACAUUCUUCUAGUCAAGUUCUGCCUUCGAGAAGCAGAAGGUUAUGGUGGAAAUUGUUCCUAUGGAGCCACCGAAACUUGCACAAACUUUGGACAACGAAACCGGCACGGCAUCUUACCAUCUCAGCUACUUCAAACCAGCAUGGUGGGUACUCUUCGGAUACAGUUGAGGUACAUCAAGCAAUGAAACUAAGCAGAAUGGAAUCACCUGGAUCAUUUACUGGAGAGUCCUUGAAUAAAGAUUUUAGUGGUCAUUUUGAUGACAACACGAGCUGGAAUGGUUUUCAUAAUGGACUAGUUUCUGGUUUAUGGCCCCAGAAACAAUGGGUUGCCUUCCCUGCUACGCCAUCUUCAAUGUCGAGAGUCGACAAGUGGGUGACAGAUCUCGAAAUCGGAACUGCUCAGCCUUCUGAUGAUGUGAAUGGUGAAGAGGGUGCAAUUUUUCCUCCUCGUAAUGAUAAAUCACCAGGAAGAAACACAGCCCACACGCAUCACCGUUCGGAUACCGAUCUCUCUGAGUCGAUUCUGCAUGCCGAUAAUGUCAUUCAGACUCUCAAUUCCUACUCAACUGUUGCUCACAUUUCAGGAGUAUGUUUGAAAGCCAUUCCAAUCAUCACAGGCUUCACCAGACUUCGAUCUGUCAAUUUAUCAAAUAACUCCAUAGGCCAUAUCACUCCAGGAUCACUGCCAAAGAGCCUUCACUCACUCAACUUGUCAAGAAACAAGAUCAACUCCAUCGAAGGACUUCGAGAUCUAAGGCGAUUACGAGUCUUGGACCUCAGUUAUAACCGCAUUGCUCGAAUCGGACAUGGGUUAUCAAACUGCACCUUGAUCAAAGAACUAUACCUAGUGGGGAACAAGAUCGGCGAUCUCGAAGGCCUACAUAGGCUGUUGAAGUUAACAGUCUUAGACGUGAGUUUCAACAAGAUAACAACAACGAAAGCACCGGGUCAGCUCGUUGCAAACUACAACUCAUUGCAAGCACUAAACCUAUUGGGAAAUCCGAUUCAAAGCAACAUUAGCGACGAUCAACUGCGCAAGGCGGUUGUUAGCUUACUCCCUAAGCUCACGUACCUGAACAAACAGCCCAUUAAGCCACAGAGGGGAAGGGAAGUGGUGAGUGAUAGCCUUUCCAAAGCUGCUUUAGGGAGUGGCAAUUGGAGCCCUCGAAGGAAAACCACAAAGAGGGGUAGCCAUGGUGGAUCAACAUCGAAGAGUCCAAAUCGCCAUCACUUGUCUUUGAUGUCACCUGCUCAUGCUUCUCCCUCCCGUUAGAUAUUUUUACUCGAGAAUAGAGACGGA